AGGAUGUUUACCUGAAACAACUGAGAUCAACCCAUAAAUGAACUGACACAAAUCUCUAAUAUCCUACUUUUCCAUCUUCAUCCUACGUCAGUGUGAUUACGGCUAAUCUCUAAAUAAUGCUUGAAGUUUUGAGUGCUUCAUCCCUUCUUUUUGGAGCUGGACUUUUGCCUCUCAUCUUCUACAAAGGCAAAGAGCACAGCGCUCAUCCAUACUUCAAUUAUGUGCUAAGUUUUGGCCUCUCAAUUCUGCUAGGUGACGUAUUUUUACACCUGUUACCAGAAGCAUGGCUUUUAGAGGCGACCACCCCCGACACAGCUCUCAUGGACUUUGUGCCUAGGUCUAACACCACUGUCUUACUAGGUAUUGUACUGUUCUUCACAUUAGACCGGCUACUUGGGGACGUUGUGGGCUAUUUAACAGUCUGCUCGAACACUAUAGACAACUUCCUGCACGGCCUUGCUAUAGCCGUAGCGUUCAAUGUCAGCCAAACCACUGGCUGGCUCACCACCGCAGGGAUACUACUACACGAGCUGCCUCACGAGGUGACUGACUACGCCCUGUUAGCAAAGUCAGGGUUCUCCCGCCGACAAGUAACACUAGCACAGCUGUGGACGUGUUUCAGUGGUAUUCUGGGCAGUAUUACGGGCAUCAUCUUCGAUAAGUCCUUCUGUUGUCAGGCGGUUGUUUUACCACUGACGUCCGGGAUAUUCCUCUACGUGUCUCUCACCUCCUUAAUACCCUCCCUCCUUCAAGCUACACCUAAACAAUCCAUCGUACAAACUAUUGUCGUUAUUUGUGGACUGUUACUUACUUACACUGUAGCCCAUUAAAAUUAACUUGAAUAUUAAUUUCUUAAAUUUCAGUAAUGUUAUUGUUUUCCAGCACAUUCUAUUUUUGUAGUUACCAACAAGAUUAUUGUACGUGAUGUAAAUCAGGUCUUUGGGUAAUGUGAACAAUCUUCAGAGUAAAGGGAGGUGUUUUAUAUUUGUGGCUCGCUACUUGCUAGUAUGUAAUGUUGGAGAGGCUUUUGAAAUGAUUUAUUAUUAUUAAGUUGAUUGAAAAUAAAGAAUUUUAUUUUGUGUCUACGGUCUAAGGUAGAUUCCUUAACCAAAAUUAGGUUAAGAAUCCAUCUGGAUUAAUUGUUCAAUAAAGUCAAGGUGUUCUGAUAGCUGUACAGUGUACAGUGUACAAUGUACAAUGUACAAUGUACAGGCAUAAACAUUUUAACUUACCCAGAUUAUAGUAAUUAAGUUAUUUUUAGUACACGUGCUUAAACCAAUUAUUCCAGCCUUGUAUCUGGAACCUCUAAUUCCUUGCUUUGUUAAUUAAGGUAUGAUUAUUAUUGGAGUGAUAGUUGAAUAUCAGAAAGGUUGGGUUUAAAACAUUUAAAAGCGCAAAAAUGAAUGUAUGUAUUGCAAAGUAUAAAACUAGCAUCGAAAUAGACUUUAAAUAUUAAAUUUGACAUUUGCAGUGCUGUUUUAGAUAAAUGUACUUUUUAAACAUAUCGAUUUACAUUAAAGGGGGUGUUUAUUUUGUGUAACGUUGGGUUAGUUUUGUUUUAAAUGUUCUUAGUGUAAUAAAGUGUUAUCAUAUGCAUAUCACGAUCAAACAUAAAUAUUAAAUCAUAUUUUUUUUUC